UGACAAUUACACUAACGUGCGUAGGCGUAGUGUGCGCGUACACGUUUGUGCAUGUGUGAUGUACCGGAGCGCGCGCAGGGCUCCUCUCGACUCGUGCGUACUCUUCCGGCGUUCAUUGCUCCUGUUCGGACUCUGAGUAGCUGAACACGUCCGGUUCCUCCGGCCGCAGCGCGCGCACAGGUGACCGUCUGAGGUGAGGGGGGGAGCGGUGGGGAGUGGGUGAGGAGGAGCCUGACUCACACAAGCACUCCGACACGCGCACGGCUCGGCGGUGAGCAGAUCACAGUGAUUUCGUGUGGAGCUCUGCGGUCCUCGUCUUGUUUUUCUGGCUCGAACCUGCGUGACACCUCUUCCUCCUCCUCUUCAUCACUGCAUUUUUGGGAUCAUGGUAUAAGACUCGGACGUGGGCUGGGUGGGGAUGUUACGUAUCCACUCACGGAAUGCCAGGAGUGCCUGCAGGAGUUAACGGAGUCUUUGUUUCUGGGCUGGAAUCUUGGGAUGGAUUCUGGAGCAACAAGCGGCGGCGGCGUGCGACGGCUCCGCGCGCACUUUGCGGGAAUGAAGCGUUACUGAAUGUGGAUUGUCGGUCUGCGGGAUUUUGGAGCAGCAUUCCCAACAGAAAUGAAGGCAUCUUUGGGAAUCCUCUAACUGAGUUUUAAGCGGUGGUUGCGCGUUUUUCCGGUGCGCGGCGCGGCUGUUUGAUUUCUCAGCUGGAGGAGAGGGAGCGGAUCCAGUCAUGGGCAGCCACUCGACCGGGCCCCCCGAGCUCAGAUCCAGCGUAAAGCUCCGGGUUCUGUGGGUGUUUCAGGUGCUGCUGGAUGCGGUCGGAUCCCAGGAGAUUUACGCGCCGCACUCGAUCCGGGUGGAGGGCGACGUGACGCUGGGGGGGCUUUUCCCGGUGCACGCCAGGGGCGUCCCGGGGAUGCCGUGCGGAGACAUCAAGAAGGAGAACGGGAUCCACCGACUGGAGGCGAUGAUGUACGCGCUGGACCAGAUUAACGGGGACGAGGAGCUGCUGCCCAACGUGACGCUGGGCGCGCGGGUCCUGGACACCUGCUCCCGGGACACGUACGCGCUGGAGCAGUCGCUGACAUUCGUGCAGGCGCUGAUCCAGAAGGACACGUCGGAUGUUCGCUGCACCAACGGGGAGCCGCCGGUGUUCGUGAAACCAGAGAAAGUUGUGGGUGUGAUCGGAGCGUCGGCCAGCUCCGUCUCCAUCAUGGUAGCCAACAUCCUGCGCCUCUUCCAGAUCCCUCAGAUCAGCUAUGCGUCCACGGCUCCAGAGCUGAGUGACGACCGGCGCUACGAUUUCUUCUCACGGGUCGUUCCUCCGGACAGUUUUCAGGCCCAGGCCAUGGUGGACAUCGUGAAGGCCAUGGGUUGGAACUACGUCUCCACGGUAGCCUCAGAGGGCAGCUACGGGGAGAAAGGGGUGGACGCCUUCAUGCAGCUAUCCAGAGAAGCAGGGGGAAUCUGCAUCGCCCAGUCACUGAAGAUCCCUCACGACCACAUACUGUCUGACUUUGAUAAGAUCAUCCACCAGCUGCUGGACACGCGAUACGCCCGGGCGGUGGUUCUGUUCGCCUCGGACGAAGACAUCAGGGGAAUCCUGAACGCCACCAAGCGGGCGGAUGAGGUCGGUCACUUCCUGUGGAUUGGUUCUGACAGCUGGGGCUCAAAGAACGGUCCGAUCCACCAGCUGGAGGAAGCUGCAGUCGGAGCCAUCACCAUCCUGCCGAAGAGAGCCACCAUCAGCGGCUUCGACGCUUACUUCACGUCACGGACUCUGGAGAACAACAGGAGGAACGUGUGGUUUGCUGAGUACUGGGAGGAGAAUUUCAACUGCAAACUGAUGAGCUCCUCCAAGAAGGACGACAGCAGCCGGAAGUGCACAGGUCAGGAGCGCAUCGGCAUCGACUCCAAGUAUGAGCAGGAGGGAAAGGUCCAGUUUGUGAUCGAUGCCGUGUACGCCAUGGCCCACGCACUGCACAACAUGCAGCGGGACCUGUGUCCAGAGGUCUCAGGCAUCUGCCCGGAGAUGGAGCUCGCUGGAGGGAAGAAACUGCUGAAGUACAUCCGCAGCGUCAGCUUCAAUGGAAGUGCCGGUACUUCAGUGACGUUCAACAGAAAUGGCGAUGCUCCUGGACGCUACGACCUGUUCCAGUACCAGUGGAGCAAUGUGACUGGACCGGGCUAUCGCGUGAUUGGACAGUGGACCGAAACCCUGCAGCUCAAUGCCGAGGAGCUGCAGUGGCCACAUGGGGAGCAGGAGAUUCCCACCUCUGUCUGCAGCCUUCCCUGUAAAGCCGGAGAGAGGAAGAAGGUGGUGAAGGGCAUGCCUUGCUGCUGGCACUGUGAGCCAUGUGACGGCUACCAGUACCGGUCCGAUGAGUUCAGCUGCAAGCUCUGCACCUACAACAUGAGGCCGAACGUCAACCGAACUGCAUGCCAGUUCAUCCCCAUCACAAAGCUGGAGUGGCACUCCCCAUGGGCAGUAAUCCCAGUCUUUCUGGCCAUGCUGGGGAUCAUUGCCACCAUCUUUGUCAUGGCAACGUUCGUACGGUACAACGACACGCCCAUCGUCCGGGCAUCCGGCAGGGAGCUGAGUUACGUCCUCCUGACUGGAAUAUUUCUGUGUUACAUCAUCACCUUCCUCAUGAUUGCCAAACCGGAUGUGGGUGUGUGCUCGUUCCGGAGGAUUUUCCUGGGUCUUGGAAUGUGCAUCAGUUAUGCCGCCCUCCUCACUAAAACCAACCGCAUCUACAGGAUCUUCGAGCAGGGCAAGAAGUCAGUGACAGCACCGAGGCUGAUCAGCCCCACCUCCCAGCUGGGCAUCACCUUCAGCCUGAUCUCUGUCCAGCUGCUGGGGGUUCUGAUCUGGUUUGGGGUGGAUCCCCCCAAUAUCAUCAUAGACUACGAUGAGCACAGGACCAUCAGCCCUGACCAGGCUCGAGGGGUGCUGAAAUGUGACAUCACGGAUCUCCAGAUCAUCUGUUCUUUGGGUUACAGCAUCUUACUGAUGGUGACGUGUACUGUUUACGCCAUAAAGACCCGCCGAGUCCCGGAGAACUUUAACGAGGCCAAGCCCAUUGGGUUCACCAUGUACACCACCUGCAUCGUGUGGCUGGCCUUCAUCCCCAUCUUCUUUGGUACUGCUCAGUCUGCAGAAAAGCUGUACAUCCAGACGACCACACUGACCAUCUCCAUGAACUUGAGUGCGUCUGUCGCCCUCGGUAUGCUCUACGUGCCCAAAGUCUACGUCAUCAUCUUCCACCCUGAACUCAACGUGCAGAAGAGAAAACGAUCCUUCAAAGCCGUCGUCACCGCUGCCACCAUGUCGUCCCGGCUGUCCCACAAGGCCAGCGACCGACCCAACGGCGAGGCCAAGACGGAGCUGUGUGAGAACGUCGACCCCAACAGCUAGUUUCACAAUUUAUCAGAGGUCCAGCAGCCAAACCGAAGUACGUGAGCUACAACGACGUUGUGAUCUAACUGCAUCCCUCCAUCAGAGCGGUCGCUGCAGAAAUGCCUGCUGGGAUCAGAAGACCAGGAGAGGAGACCCUGAGGACGGUUUUCGGUUUUAGUUUUUGUUCUCGUGAUUCAUUGCCCACCGGAGACAUUCAGGUGUUUCCGCCUGGUGAGUCUGUCAGACACAAACAAGCUGGAGGUGUCUAAACCCGUUAGUUUGUUGGUGGCGUGGAGCUGAUGGCAGCCAGAACCAACAUGACGGAUGAAUCAAAUGACGGUCAGAGCUGCAGCCCGUCUCUUCCAAACGGACUAGUCGACCUUGCUGCUUCGAGUCUUUCAUCUGUGAUGUUCUGCUUCUUCUCACCAUGUUUUUGUACAUUUUUGACCACAUCUGGAAGCUGUGUCCGCCUCAAACUAGAUUUUCAUCACCGGAAUGUCGGGAAUCUAGAGCAAAAUGACUAGAAAUGUUCCAGUAAGAAGUUCUGGUUCUGUACUGCGAGUGGUGGGCUCCUCUCCACGUCUUUAUUGGUGGUGCAUGCUUUGUUUGGUUCGCACUCUGACUUCGGACCUACGUGUCCCGCGAGUCCUUGAGGGAGGAAGUGGGAUCAAUUCAAGAAUUAAACAGGAAAUGGCAACUGCGAAGUAACCACGAAGUCCCUCCCCCGCUCCAGCAGUGUUAACAUCCUGUCAGAUCUUUCACAUUAAAAGCUUCUGUUUGCAGUAUUUCAUGUCGUCCACUCGACCAUCGUGUCUGUCUUUCUGUGGUUUGUGUUUGUGACAGAUCUCAGAGGUGAAGAUGACUGUAGGAAGCUCCACGUGUGCCUGUUCUGCAUGUGUCACUCCAAAGGUCUCUGACAAGGAGAAACACGGAGCUCCCGUUUCCAGGACUGUGAGGUUUUCCAGAUGAAUCUGUAGGUCUGAACUACGAAGCAGCGCUGGAGUUUCACUUCAGCUUCAGCUGCAAGACUCAGAAGCUCCAGGCUUUACUUUUUCAGAUUAAAAUAUGUAAAAGCAGCUGAAUCUGAGCAGAAACGUCUUUCUUUAGUUUAUUGACUCGCCACUCUACUGAGAGAGAAGAUGAGAACACUUUCCUCUGACUUAACUCUCCACCGUCCUCAGACUUUGAUCCUAACCAUCUCUGAGAGACACUUCUCGUUAGUCUGAAUUAUUUUAUCAGCUGGGGAACAUUUGAUGCCAAAAGAAGCAGAUUAUAUUAAGAUUAAUGAAGCGGUGAUGCUGAUCAGAAUCUUACCACACAAUCCCAAUCCUUUUACUCAAAUUUCUGUUCUUUUAGUAAAGAUUCAAACUUUUUUUAUGAUUGCAUCUUUAGUUGUUGUUUUUUCCAGCUACAGAAAUUUCAGGAGCUAAAACUUAUAGCUCCAAGGAACAUUUUAUGACCCAAAUCUAGGUGACGUUCAGAUAUCUAAUGUCCAGUUUGGAGCCCUGUUAGUGAAAAUAGAACCUCAGCCUCAUUGUUCGUUUUUACAGGUCAGGGCUCCUCUCUCCAACAAACCACCUGCUCCUCCUGAAGCACCUCCUUCUCCAGAUCCACUAAACACACGUGGACCGGUUGGUUCCACGGCCAGGACCAGAACCAGACACUUGACUGUGGACCAGACCUUUCUCUCCAGUAUGUUGGAGAUACUGGGAAAAAAAGCAAGGAAAAGGAAUAUGAUUGGUUUAGUCUCCUCAGCAUCACUCUGAUCCUUUUGGUGUCUGUUGUUUUGUUCUGCGUGAGUCGUAGCAACAUUAGCAUCGUUAGCUUGUUCAGCUUGAUUUCUUUGCACUGCCUGGGGGAAGAUCCAGAGUCAGAACCGGUACGCAGAAUAUUCUGGUUACCUCAAACCUGCUUUGUACUUCAGACCUUUUUUUCUCUGUAAAGUUUUGGCAUUUUCAGGGAACAAGAGGAACUUUCCUCAGCUGAUAAAAGUCAGAGAUCUGCCAGAACCACCCGCUGUGGUCCAGAACCCAUCAAUGGGCUGUGAAGCCAAACAAGCAAAAGCCCUUUUAGAGCCCUUUUAAAGCGUUCGUGGUCACAUGAUCCCUCACACGAUGAUGACGAUGGUGUGUUUUGUACCGGGAAUUGUUACCUGGUGAUUUCUUGGACUGCAGCCGUCGGUUGUCGAUGCAUGCCUGAUAUGUUCGAUGUUGAAACUGAAUCAGAAAAAAAAACAUGAAAAUCUCACAGCACAGCUGAGUCCACAUGUCUGCUCUGAAAUGUACUGUUUAUAUUUUUAUGUUGUCUUUUUUGCAGAAAAUGGCUUUGAUUGUUUUUUUUAUUUUUCCUGGAAAAUCCCUGGGACUCAGAGGAAGAGAUGAGUAUAUAUUAAAAAAAACUUGUUUAAAAAAGGAAGCAUGUAUGUUUUCUACUGUUUGUAUUUGGUAUUUCCUGUUGCCCUGCUGCUUCUGUGCCAACGUUGUGGGAGAGAUUUACAUUUGGCCACUCAUGCAACUAUUCUGUGGUGUUGUCUGAGAAUGUAUUAACAUGAAAUAAAAAAAACAUUUGUUAUUUUUCCUACAGA